AUGAUCUCGUCUGCUUCCACAGAAAAUCUUUUGAACUCAUUUCCAAUGUUCGGGCACACCAGCUGGAGUGUUCUUGAAUAUGCCUGGGCGCUGGAAGAGAGUUCUAAGAUGAACACAAGCGUGACGUCUGAGUCGUCCAUGCGCAAGUCAACGGCGUCGACGCAGGACGAAAACACCCCACCGACCACUGCAGGGACUCAACCGACUGGCUGCGACCUUUCACCGCCGGUGCGGUUUAUAGAUGAGUUUGGCUAUCAACAAAGACGCAAACACAGCUUUCUCAACCACACCCCACGAGACUUCGAAAUGCAGCCCACAAAGCCAUGUAACAUCUAUCAACCUUCAGGAACUUCGAAGGAGAACUAUUCCCGUCCUAGGACAUCGCAAGGAGUUCGUUCAAUGAGUAACAAUUGUACUACCACCAGUCCACAUGCCUAUAGCUCAUCGAUAGUGUCUCAUACAACCGGAGAGUCCACUCCAAACGAGUUUGAGAAUGCGACCGAACCUGACUUCAAGGAGAUCUCGUCGCCAUCAUCAUCAUCAGACGUCUAUCAGCCAUCGGGGAAGCCAUGUCGACGCUCGUCGUCUGUCCCUUUGGCCAGGGUGCUUACAUACGAGCCGCGCUCUGCCUUCCCUUGUGAAGAUGCAGAUCGCGAUGUCAGCAUUCGAAUUGCAAGGUCACCAACAACUUGCCCACAAGACAAGAAGCGCCAGCGGCGCCAAACGCCGUUCAAAGUCACGACUCCAAGUUUAACAAAUGCUACACGACAUGCGCCACUGGAACCCCUAGUUGCCAAGCACCGACGCAAGGCUAGCUACGACACUAUGAGCGAGAUGCUGCCUGAGAUAGAAACGGAGCAAGUUGGAGAAAUGGGUACUUUUGGAGUGAUCCAAAGAUACUUCGACAGCCAGACGGGCGGUCCAGUAUCAGUAGCGGAAACACUUUGCCACGCUUAUUCGCCAGACCCGCAAGAUAUUCCUCUUCCCAUGUCUCCUGAACCACCUGUUUCUGAGACGACCAAAAAGCCUACGGAGAUCCAUGCUAUUGGUGAGCUCGAUCUGGAUGAGCUACCACCAACAGUACUGAGCCGUAGCCCAAAGCGGCUCACAAACCCAACAUUUCCAGCUCAGACUGAGUCAGCCAUCUCUGCGCAUGGCGAGUUUGCCUUUACAGCUGACGAGCAACAUUCGUCUGGUGACGAGAAUGACAAGCUGGAAGAUAAUUUCGACGUCCCGAAGAAUCGAAUAUCAAAACGCCUCGAUGUAGGACAAGCUGGCCAUGUAGGUUCCUCGCAGGUAGGACGGUUGGCGCCACCAAUUCUCAGUCACGAUGCACUGACAGCAAGCGCUGAUCUGGGCCUGAAUGAUCUCAGUUACUACCUCAAGCACACUGGACCAGGCACGGAUUCUCAGCCUACCAUACAGCAGCGCAAGAAGACGAUGGUACUUUUCAAGGUCAAACAGCGCAAAACCCUAGCUGCUCGCGUAGGAUCUGUGGAAGGCUCUCCUGAGCGAGCACGCAAACAGUCUCCUAUUCCAACGUGCGCUCGCGAGAUGACAACCUCUGGAGGCGCAAAACAUCUCAGAAUCGUCAUACCUACUGAGAGUCCUUGCAAUACUCAGGUGAUGGCUGUCCCAACAUCGCAGUUUCCGACACAACGACGCUCCCGACAUAUUUCCAUUACGUUUAACAGAGAGAUUCUUGGCCCUGUCGCCAGCCUAGGUGUGGAGCGCAAAAUGUCCGACCCUGAAGUUCUCAGUCGUUCAUUCUCUGAGCCGGUCCCGGUAUCGCCGCGCAGCUUGAAGGAGCUUCCCAAAUCAGCCGAAGCAGUACCUAUCGAAGACUAUCCGCUCGCAGCAUCACCUAAGCUCGGGCCGCGAAUAAGUCGAGAAUAUCAAACCAGAGCUCGGAAGCUGCGAGACUUGCAGCGUGUUAAGCGAAAGCCAUUACCAGGAUACUGCGAGCAAAAAGAACAGCAUUCCGAUGUUGUCGUGGGAGCCUUACCAACACCAGCGCAUACACCAGAGCCGCUUUCAGAAUCAAAUAUUGAAAUCGACAGUGGCCAUGAUGAAAGCAUAGAGGAUAAGAGUAUAAUUAAUAAGAUGGCGCGGAUGCAGGAGCGGGUCAUGCUGUUGCAGAGACAGAACAUGGAGUUGACAGAGGCGUUGGCGAAGAUUGUAGGGCUCGAACUUGGGGGCGAUGAUUUGAGGCCUGAAAAUGUGUUGAAGGCGCUCAGGCAAGUUGAAGUUUUGCAAUGA